GCAUUUGCGUGGCAUCAUGGAAUGAAAAACGUAUUUCAAUAUGGCGACUAUAUUGAACAAAGUUGCGGCACUGUAGCAUCAUAAAAUGUUUAUAAAAUAGUUUUAAAAAUAUAAAAAUAACACCAAAUAAAGUAAAUAUACAUACGUAAAUAUAUGUUUAAUAUUAAUAAAGUGUAAAUAUAAUUUUAAUUGUUUUUAAUAUGUCAAUAAUAAUGACAUAAAAAUGUUUGGUGUGGUUUAUAAGCACGUAUGGACAAGACUAGAAAGCAAGAUAAGAGAGCUUGUAUAUAUUUUUUAGUCGCCAAUAGUUUACCGUAUUUGUCUCGUUAAUACAUUUAAAGAUAUGAUUUCAAUAAUCUGUAAUGAACAAUUAUACAUGCAUUGGAUAAAUAAUAACAACAACUGCCUGGAAGAUAAAAAAUCUUAAGUAAAAAAAUAAAUAAUAUAAUCACAUAACAAAUUUAUCAACAAUUAAAUUUAAAAAAAAAGUAAAAGGUAAUUAAAUGAAAUAUUUAUUAGCUAACCUAAAGAGAUAAAAAUAGGUUAGUUAAUUAAACAAAUGGUUUCCUGACAUGAUGGAAAGCAAGUUGUAUGUGAAAAAUGAGCCGGGACUUGAGGGGCAAUCACAUGCAAAUACAUUGUCCAAUCAACAAUUAAGUAAUAAUGUUGAUGAUACAACAAAUGGUGGAAGAAUAUGUUUUGUAUGUGGUACACAUAGUCAUAAUGAUUUAUAUUGGUUACGUGUUAAACCAACACCUGGUGGUCCACCAAAUGAGCCUUAUUUUCCAUUUUUAGAAUCACAUGAACCACCAGCUGGUUAUCGUGGUGAAAAUGCACGUAAUGGUACAAUAAGAUCAUGUACAUUAUGUUAUGCAUUAUUAUCACAACAAUGGGAAAAUUAUGAACGUGAUUCACGUCCACAAAGUCAACGUAUUUAUUGGUUAAAACGUUGUGAUGGUAGUACAUUUACUGGUGCUGAAAUGACAUCACAAGGUGAAUAUGCAUCACAAAUACUUGGUUUAACAAAUGAACAACCAAUUUUAAAUCAACAAACAAGACAAGAUAAUAAUCGUCCAGUUGGUUUAUCACCAAGAUUACCACAAAAUUCACCAUCACCAAGAGUUAUUGAACAAAAUCGUCCACCAUCAAAUUCAAUUGAUAUACCAAGACCACAUUCAAAUCAAACUGAUACUGCCAAACAUAUUGAACAAGUUAGAUUAACAAUGGAAUCACCACAUCAACGUUUACAAUCACCACAUCAAAGAUUACAAAGUCCAAGACUUACUGUUGAUGAUACACGAUUAUCAAAUGAUGCUGCAUUAGAUUUACGACAUGCACCAAGAAGUUCACCAGCACCACAACCACAAGCUAUUUACAGUGGUGGUUCAUCAUCAAGUGUGGGUACAGAUAUACUUGAUUUAUCAAUGCCAGAUAAAAAUUCAGUAACUGAAGUGUGUUAUGUUUGUGGUGAUGAAUUUAAAAGGGGUUCACUCAGUCAUAUUGCUGCUAAACCACUGAUAAUACCACCAAAUUCACCGGCUAAUCCACAACCAUUUUUUCCAUCAUUAAUGCUACAUCCAAGACCCAGUAGAAGUAGACCUAUGGAUAGUGCAGGUCGUGUACAGGCUUGUUCAGCAUGUCAAAAUCAUCUUUUACUACAAUGGAAAGCUUAUACAAGACAGGGUGUACCACAUGGUGAUCGUAAUUAUACAUUAAGAAAACGUCAAGCACCAACAAUGGAUACAACAACAUUUAUUUGUUAUACAUGUGCAUUGGAAUAUCCUUCGUCCAGUAUUAGAUUAUUAUAUUGUUGUCCAAAUCCAGAAAAAGAAGCAUAUUUUCCAUUUAUAUAUUCAAUGAGACCACCUCAAGGUGCUAGUCCAAUAAGUCCUCAAGGAAUGGUACAAGUUUGUUCUAUAUGUUAUAAAACAAUACCACAAAAACAACAAGUUUUUGGUGGUGAUAAUAAUGAUGUGCCGCAACAAUUACCUGGUCAAAGUAUUGAAUUUCGUCAACAAGGACCAUCACCAAGACCAGUAGUAGCAAAAUCACCAGCAAAUUCAGCUGGUAGUGAUAUACGUUUUAAACCUUAUGAUUUAAAUAAAUCAAGUGUAGUUACAACAAAACCAAGGAGUGCCAAUAUUAAAAUAGCAAGUUCAGGACAACGUAAUUCACCAAGUAGUAGUAGUAAUACUGCACCAACUGAAAAUGGUAAUGUUGCUAAUGUUGGACAAAAUUAUAGAUGUUAUAUUUGUGAAAGAUUACAUCCACGUACACAAAUGGAAUGGUUAUCAACAAGUCCAGAGGGUAUGAAUUCACAUGCAAUGCAUUUUCCAUGUUUACGUGGAAUGGCAAGAACAUCAGAAAAUGCAUGUAUGGAUAGUCAUGGAAGAGUAUUAGCAUGUAGUAAAUGUGUUAAUCAUUUAGCUCAACAAUGGGAAGGUAUGGAUGCUGAAAGAGUACCACUUGAACGACGUAGAUAUGAUGUACCUAGUCCACAUCCAAAUGGUGAUGUUAAUAGAACAAUAGCAACACCACCAAGUUCAAGUUCUGAUCGUACAUUUGGUAGUAAUCCAGGUGCAUCAAGUAGUUCAAUAUAUUGUUUUCUUUGUGGUUUACAUAGUGAUUUAACACUUGCACGUGUACUUUAUGGACGUUCACAAGGACGUAAUGCACCAUAUUUUCCUGAAUUAUAUCGUCAUCAAUCACCACAAAAUGCUGAACAAUUACGUGAAGAUGGCUCAGCACUUGUUUGUACAUUUUGUUAUCAUUCAUUACUUGCACAAUGGAGAAAAUAUGAAUCAUUAGUUGCUGGACAACAAGUUAAUCCACCAGAAAGACAAUAUAAUACUCAUGAUUAUUGGUGUUAUGUUUGUGGUAUAACAACAUAUCGUAAACGUGUUAGAGCAUUACCUGUUAAAGAUUUUCCAUUUUUAAAAUAUCAUAGACAACCAGAAAAAAGUUUAUUAUUAGAAAAUGGUGAUUUUGCUGUUGUUUGUCUUGAUUGUUAUGAAACAUUACGUACACAAAGUCUUGAAUAUGAAAGAUGGGGUUUACCUGUUGAAAAAAGAGAAUAUAAUUGGAUUGUUCAACCUCCACCACCUGAAGAUAGUCCUGAUGCUGCUAUUGCAAGAUUACCAUCUGGUGAACGAUCGGAAAAAGUGGUACCACCGACACUUACAGUAAGACCAGCUAGAAAAAAUUGUUCACCAAAAGCACCUGAAAAAAAACCACCACCAAAGAUGCCCGAUAAAGAUUCAGGUCUUCAACCAGCAACAACAAAAUCCCAACAACCAACGUCAAUUGGUAAAUCCCACAGACCAAGUACGGGUGUAUUACCACAGGGUCAUACACCAGGUCCAGGUCCAGGUCCAGGACCAGGACAAGGACCAGGUGGACAACAAAAUAGUCGAAGUUUUGCUGCUGCAUUGAGAAAUCUUGCCAAACAGGCAGGACCGGCUCCUCAGGAUGAAGAGCCACGUGCAAGUCCAAAAAAUCGAGCACCACCACCACCUCUUGUUCGGGGACCCUCACCGGCCAAGGAACGUCCAACUCAUGAGAGAAGAGUAGAGGAGAUACCUUCAAUGUACACAACAGCAAGACCACCAGAGAAUAAUAAACACAGUGUUACAUCCGCCACAUCUGAAUUGCUAGCUCGUUCUGGCUUUCAGCCAUAUCGGCCUGAGCAUCAUCCAACUCAACAACCACAAUUUGCCCUGGAUCCUGCGGCAUAUAGUCCUUAUCAUCAUGGUCUCUAUCCACCACCUCAUCUACAGCAUGCUUAUAGACUAGAGGAACAAUUGUACUUGGAAAGAGUUGGUAUGCUUAGGCCACCAUUAUUUCCUGGUUUACCAACUUAUCCAAUUUAUGGUUUACGAUAUAGUCCUGAUAUGUUACCACCAGCUUCACUUGGUCUUAUGUCUCCAGUAAUGCAUGAACGGCUGAAAAUGGAAGAAGAACACAGACUGAGACAGGCACGUGAACAAGUUGCAUUGAGAGAAGAAGAAGAAAGGAGACGAGCAGCACGUAGUUCAGCAUCAACAACAGCAGUACCAUCAUCUGCAUCAACUUCCAACGAUACUGCAGCUAGGAAGCCGACCAUAGCAGCUCCAUUGCACAACGAUAGAGAACGUGAACAACGUGAACGUUUAUCAACAAACAACAUAAUAAUACCUGAUAUGAUGAAAAACAACAAUAGCUGUCACAAUAAUAUAACAAGAAAAGAUGAACAAAAUAUAACAGUGUUAUCUGAGCCAUCAAAUACAUCACAAAUAUAUCAUCAUCCUCGUAUUGUUCAUACACCAUAUCAAAUUACAAAUGCUCCAUUAUCAGGUGGUAGUAUGAGCUCAGUAAGUUCAUCAGUUGUACAAUUACCACAAACAAUUGUUUCAACUUUACCACCAUUAAAUCUUUUACCACCCCAAUCACAACAAACAAAUCAAAUUGGUUCAUCAAUAUCUUCAAUUGUUCCAAUUGCCUCUGGCAUUUCUCCAUCUACCUCCCAGCCAUCAUCAUCUCUUAAUAUACCUUUAACUCCAAUGAUGGGACUUCAUCUGCCCCCACCACCACAACAACAACAACACCAACAACAACAACAACAACAACAACAACAACAACAACAACAACAACAACAACAACAACAACAACAACAACAACAACCCUCACAAACAUUACAGUCACUAUCACAACCACCAACACAAAAUAUAAUUCAUUCUAGUCAACAUCCCAAUACACCAUUCACAACAAUGUCUCAAUCAUCAUAUCCAAUUCAACCUCAUCCACAAAUACCUCUUGCACCACUUAUUUUACCAUCAUCAAUUACAAAUCAACAUAAUUCUCAUGCAUUUACAACAACAACAAAUUCAUUACUUGCAUCUGGAACAAUGUCAACACAUGCAAGUCAUAAUUUAUCAUCACCUGGAUUAAAUCAUAUACCUUUAAAUAUUGGUAAUCAUACAUCUAUUAAUUGUCAUAAAUCACUACCAAUUAAUCAUUCAAUAUCACGAUUAAAAGAUACAAAUAUUAAUACAUCAACAACAAUGACAAUACCAAUUACAACAAAUUCAAUUGUUACAACAAUACCCAUUACAACAGUACAAUAUCAACCAACAUUUGUACGUCCAUUUGAAGAUUCUUUUCGUUCAACAAAUAAAACACAAUCAACAUGGUCAGUUGUUAAUAAUCAUAGUAUAUCAAGUCAAAUAAAUCAUCAAGAUAUUUGUAAACCAACAAAUAAUGCAGUAGUAACAUCAUCAAUACCACCACCACCACCAACAACGACAACAACAACACCACCAGUUACAACAGCAUCAUCAUCAUCACCAUCAUCAUCAGUAGUUGUAACAACAACAACAACACCAACAACAACAACAUUGAACAACAGUAUUCUUCAUAAUUUUUCACAUGAUUCAACUGAAAGUGCUAAAGUAACAAGUGUUUAUUCACAUUCUGGUUAUCAUCAUCCACAUGUUCCAAUAUCACAUUUACCAACAAUGUAUAAACCACAAAUAUUUACUCCACAUCAACAAACUCAGGUGUCUGAUAAGAUCAAUAAUAAUAACAAUAAUAACAAUAGUAACAAUAAUAAUAUUAAUAUUAAUAACAAUAAUAAUAAUAGUAAUAAUAAUCAAUUAAUAGUUAGUGGUACUAAUGGUGAUAUUGCAAAAAUAAAUCAAUACAAUAUGAAUGGAUUAAAAUCACCAUAUCCUGAACAAACAAUUUAUGAUAAUAAAAAUGGUGGUGAAAAUGAAGAAGGUAAUGAUGGUGGUGGUGGUAGUAAUAGUAGUAAUAGUAAUAAUAAUAAUUGUAGUAAUAUUAAUAAUAAUAAUAGUAGUAGUAAUAGUUAUAAUAAUAAUAUAAAUAAUAAUAACAAUAAUGUGCCGGUAAUACCUCCUGAAAAUACAACAAAUAUUGUUGUUAAUGAAAAAAAAAAAAAUUUUUAUUCAAUUGAAAAUAAUAUAAUGUCAAGUACAAUUAAUAAAAAAGUCAAUCAUCGAUCAAUUCUUGAACCUGUCAAUAAAGAAAAUAAUAAAUUAAUUAAUAAUAAUUUAUUAUUAACAAAAAAAAUUAAUAAUAAUAAAGUUGAUAAAAAUAAUGAUAAAAAUUUAAUUGAAGAAAAAUUAGAUAAUAUUGAUGUUAAUAAUGAUGAUAAACAUAUUGAUGUUAAUAAUGAUUUAAAUAAAAUUGAUGUUAAUAAUUGUAUAACAACAACAACAACAACAACAACGACAACAACAACAACUGCAAUUACAAGUGUAAUUACAACUACAACUUCAACAACAAUGCCUUAUAAACAACCAAUAAAAUUUUCAAUAAUUGAAAUAAAUAAAAAUUCAUUAAUUGAUACAAAUCGUAUAUUAAAAAAUAUAAAAUCAGCAGAAGUAUUACGUACUUGUCAAAAUGUAUCAAAUGUAUUAUUACAAAUUCCAAAAUAUCAAGAAAAAUUAUUAAAUUUUUCAACAAAUGAAUUAAAUGAGUGCAAUAAUAUUAAAAGUUCAUCGAAUAAAUGUGAAACAGCUGUUCUUAAUGUUCCUGAUCCAUCAAAAGUAUUGAAUAAUUUUAAUAAUAAUAAUACUUUUAAUGAUUAUUUUGAUGACUCUGGUUUAUCAUUACUUGAUGACGCAACAAAUGACUUGACAUCAACAUUGGAUUUAGCUGAAAUACGUAGAAAAAGAAAAAGAGAAUCUAAUGAAAAUAAUGCAUGUAGCUCAGAAUCAGAUGAUGAAGAUGAACUAAAAAAUGUUGAUCUUUGGAUAACAAAAGGACCACCAGCUAAAAAAUUUUACUCCGAAAAAAAAGUAUCUUUUCUUGCGAUGUUUGGAUUGACUACACAUACUACAAAAAAUGAAAUUGAAAUUGAAAAAUUAGAAAAACGAUAUCGACUCAAUCCAGAAUCACCAGACAUACCAGUUAAAAAUUUUGAAAUUCCAAUUAAAUCAAGUUUACCAAUACCAGGGGAACAUCCUGAUUACUUGAUUCCAGAUUAUGAUUUUGUUCCAAAAGUUAAAUUUUUAAGCGAAAUGGGUCUUAAUUAUGUGACAUCAGAUCAACGAGAUAAAGCUGAAAAAAAUUGGCAAUUUAUAUUAGAACAACGUAAAAAACGUAUGAAUAUAAAUUCCGUAACUCUUUUUUGUGAUCGUAUGGCAAAGGCUUAUUCAAUAAAUCCAAUAGAAGAAUUACCUUACGGUUUUGUAGAGUAUCAUAUGAAUCCAAUUAAAGAUAAAAUUGAACGAUAUACACGAGCAAAACGUGUGCGAAAACAAAAAAUUAUUAAAAAUCCUGAUGAAUGUGAAGACGAUGAUAAGGAUAAAAUAAAAUGGACAAAUAUCGAGGAUAUUAUGACUGCUUACAAGGAAUAUUCAAAAGAAAAAUCAAUGGAAAAAGAAUUAUUAAAAACAAUAAUGGCUGAAUCAAUAGCUCGUAUUAAUGAAUUACAUUCAGAGGCAAAUGAAUUAAAACGUGAAAAAUGUGAACUUAGAAAAACAAAACGACAACUUGAAAAUGAAGAACGUUUUAUAAAUGUUAAAAUUGAAAAAAUAAUGCACUUAAUAGAUAUAGUAGUUGAUGAUGAUGACUAUGUGAUUGAAGGGUUACGGACUUAUUAAUAAAUCUGUGAUAUUAACAACGGGAUUAAGGGCCGUUGGGAAUACGUGAAAUUUCAUUUAAAAAAAUAAUAUAAAAUAUAUUAUUUUUUAAAUAAUUAUUACUAUAGUGACCUCAAAUGAGUUAUUGCAAGCAUAAAAAUAAUAAAAUAAAAUAGUUACAGUGUCAAAAUACUAUAUCACAUUUAUAAUUUUAAAUCUGUUGACAGAUUUAAUUUAAAAAUAUGAGAAAAGUUUUUUUAAAAAAUCCAUAUCGAGUGUAUAAUAUGUAUAAAAAAAAAAAAAGAAACAAAGCAGCUUCAAAGUGGACUUUCUUAUCAAUAAAAUGACAAUUUUUUUUUUUUAUUUUAAGCACAACUUGGCGGCACUUAUACCCAAAGUAUAUUUAAAUAUAAUAAAAUUAUUAUUUGAAUUUGAUGAUAACAAUGAGAAUAUAUAUAUUGUAUAAAAAUUCAUGUACGAAAAAAAAAAGAAAAAACAACAGAAAUAAUAAGUCAAGUAAAAUAGAAAUUGUAAGUUAUUUUUUAUGUUAAACUUAAAAUUACAUGAUGAAUAAUUGAAAGAAACAAUUUUAAUAAUUUUAAAAAAAAUAUUUAAGAUUGACCUCAAGGAACAAAGCUACUUGAUUUAUUUAUUUGUUUUUUUAUUUUUUUUAAAUUGUAAGUGGCGUACAAUUUAUCUGAUUCAAAUAUUUUGUCAGUAGCAUGUGACAAAAAUAAUAAAAAAAAAAAAUCAAAAGAUAAAAAUGAAAAAUAAUUAUGCAAUGUUUGUUUGUUAUAAUUAACUGUUUGACACUGAUAUUAAAUCGACUGUAAACAGGGACACUGUGUCCUUCAUUAAAUUAUCCAAAAUUCAUGGGCCAGUCAUUGUGAAUUAAUAAAAUAAAUAUUAAAUAAUUAAAAAUUAAUAUUAAUAAUAAAAAUGAUAAGUUUUUUUUCCUUUUUUUUUUUUUGUAAAAAAGAAGAAUAAAAUAGGCUGAAGAUACUUAUCAUUUUAAUAAAUUUAUUGGCUGAUUUUUUUACAACAGAAAUAAAAUAUUCUGAGGAUUUUAAAAAAAUUAAUUUUUUAACAACUUUAAAAUUAUUAUAUAUUUGUAACCUCGGAACAUUCCACUCUGAUAUUUAUUGAUAAAAAAAAAAUAUAUAUUACAAUAUGAAAAAAAAAAAAGAUUUUGAUAAAAAAAAAUAAUUAAAAUUAUUUUUAAUGAUUGAAUUUUAGUCAAAUUUUGUUAAUAACAAUUUAUUGUGUUUUUUUUUUUUAAUUAAAAAAAAAUUAUUAUGUUUUUCAUUUAUUAUUUAUUAUUUGACUGUCCAAAAGUUAUUUGUAAAUAUUUAUUAUUUUUGUGUAUUAUGUAAAUCUCAAUUAAUUUGAGAUAAAAAAAAUUAAUAAAAAAUACUAAUAUUUGCUGAUUGCAAAUGAAAAAUC